GAAGCACAAAUUGUCCUCCUACUCAUACCGCACAAAAGGCAAAGCUUUCCCCCAACACUUAGCUACCAAAUACCACAACCUCCAAAAUGAUUUCAAUUUCUGAACGUGAGAUGGUUUUAAUCUUUGGUCUCCUAGGUAACAUUGUGUCCUUCAUGGUGUUCUUAGCACCCUUGCCAACCUUCUAUACAAUUUACAAGAAAAAAUCAUCUGAAGGGUUCCAGUCAAUCCCAUAUGUGGUUGCACUUCUAAGUGCAAUGUUGCUGCUAUAUUAUGGUUUCCUCAAGACCAAUGCACUCUUGAUUAUCACCAUCAACUGUAUUGGAUGUGCUAUAGAAGUUUCAUACCUAAUGAUGUACAUUAUAUAUGCUCCCAAGAAGCAGAAGAUAUCCACCUUGUUAUUGAUACUAAUGGCAGACAUAGGAGGUCUUGGCUUGACCAUGAUAAUCACCAUGUUUGUUGUGAAGAGUGCUGAGCGUGUUCAUGCUGUUGGAUUGAUUUGCGCCAUUUUUAACAUUGCGGUCUUUGCUGCUCCCUUAAGCAUCAUGAGAAAAGUCAUCAAAACCAGAAGUGUAGAGUACAUGCCAUUUUCCUUGUCCUUGUUUCUUACCCUCUGCGCCACCAUGUGGUUUUUCUAUGGGCUCUUUGACAAGGAUAACUACAUCAUGAUGCCAAAUGUGCUAGGAUUUUUGUUUGGCAUCUCCCAGAUGAUCUUAUACAUCAUAUACAAGAAUGCUAAGAAGAAAGUAGAAGUUGAGGCUACAGAGCAACAAGAAUGGGGGAAUACAGAGAAACCUGCACAGCAUAGCAAUGAUGGGAAUAAUAAACUUGUUCUCCCUUCAGUGGUGGAAAUGAAAGAGAACAUAGUUUGAUAUUGCUAAGGACUGUAUAUAUAGGGUCUAGGAUAAAUAUGCUUAGUAUUGAUGAAAUAAUGUCUCUUAUCUAAUUACUCUGCUGUACUAGGGACUAUUGCCACUUUAUAAUUGGCAUGCAAUGCCCAUGUAGUAGACUAAUUAUUAUAGUUCUAGUUAAAGUAACUAUGAGUUUAUAUGGUGUGUUUGAAAUUGAAGUUCCAACAAGAAGGUCAAAUUAUGCAUGUUGAAAGCAACACUAAAGAUUCCAGGUGUUUCUUUGG